AGAAACUAGUCUUGUCUUCUUCGUUCAUUGUCUGCCCUGGUCUGUCCACUCGUUUCUGGUUUGGGGUUUUAGUUGCUUUGCGUGAUGGAGAUGGAUGACGAUGAUCUAUUCCUCUACGGCGAGUCUAAGCCUGUGGCUGAAGUUGAGAGGCCAGCUGAGGUCCUUACUACUGUACCACAGCCGUAAAAUAUCAGUCGAACAAACACAAGCACUGUCUACAUCCAAUGGCGUCGUAGCGAAUCUUGAACAGAAGGCUGAGGAAGAAGUGAAACAAGAGGACCAACCGGCAGAUGUGACUGCACCAAACGGAGAGGGCACACCUGAAGAUGAAAAUGACGAGGAAGCGGAAGGUGAGGGAGAAGGUGAGGGGGAGGAAGAAGAGGAGGAGAGUGAAGAUGAUAUCGAAAUUAUCAUGGAACCUGCUGCGCGGUCGCUCGACUUCAGGCAACAAAGGCCUCAACCCGGACGAACAGCUAGUGGGCAAUUCACCACUCCAACACGACCUCAAGCACAACAGCCCCCACAACCUUCGUUAACUACCGAAUAUACACCUCGAGAACGAGGUACCCUCACCAAGCUUCCCUCCACGUCGCAACCCCCCAGCACGAUUACAACCCCUGCACCUCCUCUUUCCGGUGCUCCCGGAACUCCCUCUCAAGCCGACCAAAAACCGUCUGCAGAAGCCGCAUCUGCAAUACCACUAGAUUUAGGUCCAGAUACGUCCACCCUUCCUGUUGCUACUGCACCGCCUUCACAUCCUAGCAUCGACGCAAAUGUUCCUGGCAUCUUCGACGGUCGCUCUAUACUUGAGAUUGACCUGAGUGCACUCGCUGAGAAGCCUUGGAGAAGACCAGGUGCUGAUCUUAGUGAUUGGUUCAAUUAUGGUUUUGACGAGCUUUCUUGGGAGGCAUACUGCUAUCGACGACGGGAGAUUGGUGAAGUCGCGUCUGUGCUCAAGACCAAUGUUCUGAACUUCGCAGGCAUGCCUGAAGAUCAGCUAACAGCGUUGCCUCCUGAAAUUCGUACCAUGGUCAUGGCUGGUGCAACUGCUAUGAUGAACCAAGCAGGUCCAAACGGCAUGAUUCCACCGGGUGCCAGCAUGAAUAUGAACGGAAGCGCAAUGAUGAGUAUGAUGGACAUGAAUCCCAUGAUGAACCCUAUGAUGCACGAUAUGGGUGUCGUUGGAAUGAGUGGCGAGAUGGGACCUAUGGGACCUGGGAUGCCCAUGGGUGGGCCCGGGGGCGGACCGGGACAAGGCAUGGGAGGAGUUAUGCCGCAAGGACCAACAUCCGGUAUGGGUGGAGGUGUUGGCGGACUUAGUGGGGGAGUGGGUAUUGGUCCCGGCUGUGCACCUCAGGCAGGGGGCGCAGAGCAAAUGGGUAUGGGCGAUGGUUUCGGUGCACCAGGUCAAGGAGGCAUGAUGGGCAUGGGCAUGGGUGGUGAGUUCCCGAUGCAGGAUACGAAUAUGGGUCAGCAGAUGUUUCACCAGCAACAGCAGCAGCAACAACAACUACAGCAACAGCCAAUGGAGCAACGUAGCGCGACGCCUACUCAGCCUUCUGCAGCAAUCCAGAGUCGUGGUGCUGCACCGACGGCUCCAUUUAGAGGGAGGGGUAUGCCACCAACAAUGCCUUCACGUGCUCGUGGUGGCUUCGCGGCUCGUGGUCGUCCUCUGCCAGUUCGUCCAUCAUCACCAUUACCACCGAACGUGCCUACAGGCCCUCGCAAUAAAAACAAAUACAAGGACAUUGACGGAAGCGCCCCAGCCGUUGAAGGCCUGGAUUACGGCGGUGGAGGUGGAAAGGAGAGCAGGACUCCACCUGAUUACGAUGACCGAAGCAGUCGGAAGCGAAGAGGCUCGCCUGGGAUGGACGACAGCAGGAGCUCCAAGCGACGAUAGUGUUCGGCAUUACAUCCAUGUAUCGGUUUGCUCACAUUGUACCUUCUUGUUAAUUCCUGUUAUGUUCUGCACCGCUCUGCAUAUUUACUGGCAUAUUCAGCUUCAGGAUUCCGCCAAAUUAUGAAUGAGUAGUUUAUACCGAAGGUAACACCACCAGUUGUAAAGUGUAAGACUAUGAGUAUCUAUCGAGUCUAUGAACUGGGUGGAGAUGCAUCCUGCGACUGCGCAUCCUCGAGACUCUUCUUCAGACCCUC